UAAUCUGUUUUGAAUUUAUUUUCCAUUUAAUUAGGCUUUAUUCUCCUUGUUGUGACUCCAUUUACCAUAGCAGCAACUGUCCAAGUUGGUAAGACCGGCCACAACCUUUUAAAACUGCAUGUUUUGCUCUCUUUCGUUUUACACAGAAGUGGGUUUGGCUUUUGAGGUCUACCCCUCAGAGAGAGCAAUGCGACUUACACUGGUGGGCCAGUGCUGUGGAGCUUCAUUUUGACAACAUUUCACCGAAAACAACAGUAUAUAUUUUACUGUGGAGGUCCCGUUACUUUAUGGCGAAAAUGCAUCCCAUUAAAAUUAGACUCUUUGCAGUAGCAGGUUUAUUCCUUGUGCUGCAGGCUUCAGAAUCAGCAGAAUGGAUAAAAGUCCGUCUUGGAGACACCGUUCUUCUGGGAUGUAACAUUUCAUACCACGCGGAGACGAUCUGGAUGCGGCAGAACAUAGAUCAGAUCCCAACCGUAGUUUUGAUUUCUGGUCCGAACCGUCACGAUGGAGAAGUCUUCAGCAAAAAACCGCUCAGCGCGAGAUUCACUGCCGUUCCAAACGCACAAGACAAAACUAACCAACUGCGGAUUACAAACGUCACGGCCGCCGACCUGGCGUUGUACUACUGUGUCGGGAGGAUACUUGGAAUGCCGCAGUUUGGGAAAGGUACCAGACUGCAUCGAGUUCUCGAUAAGGAACAUCACGACUCUGGACGUGAAGCUGAAUCACAGGAAAAGGAACAAGGUGUGAUUUCCCUCUUCAACUUUCCCUCGUUUCACAUCUGUUACGCCGCCGUGCUGGGGCUCGGACAGCUUGGGAUGAUCUGCGCGGUUUUUACCGUUCACCUGAGGAGCAGAGGAGCGUCGAACCCCGAAAAAGCGCCCAGACCCCCCAGACGCAGGCAUACGGUGGCCAACUGACAGCCCAAUUGACAGGCCAACUGACAGACCAACUCACAGGCAAACUCACAGCCCAAUUGACAGGCCAACUGACAGAUAAACUCACAGGCCAACUGACAGCCCAAUUGACAGGCCAACUGACAGAUAAACUCACAGGCCAACUGACAGACCAAUUGACAGACAAAUUGACAGCCCAACUGACAGACCCACGGGCCAACAGACUCUGUUCUGGCUGGGAAAAGACAAAAUGGCUGCUCUAUAUUCACAGGUUCUCGCACCAGUGUGAGCUGGUGUUAUUGCUUAAAGCUUCCCAAAGUCGGGAGUGUGUCACCUGGGGUAAGG